GCAAAGAGGCGCAAAACCCCGAGUCCCAACUCUGAAAGAGUGAAAGUGAAAACCCUUGUCAAUGGCGAAGAAGAAGAAGAGAGAAGCAGAAACUGAGAACACCGAAAAGCAAGAGCCGGAACACCAGGUUGAGCUUAUCAAUGGCGACUCUCACAAAAGAAAGAAAAAGAAGAAGAAGGAGAAGGAGAAUGAGAACAAAGAAGACGGAGUUGAAGCCAAGGAAAUACCUACUGUCAGCCUAGCCGUGGCCGGUUCUAUCAUUAACAACGCACAGUCUCUCGAACUCGCCACUCGAUUGGCUGGUCAGAUUGCCCGCGCCGCAACCAUUUUCCGAGUCGACGAGGUUGUUGUUUUUGACAAUAAGAGUAGCUCAGAAAACGGAUCUAGCAUUACAGCUCAAGAUAACUCAGAUGAGGAUGAAAGUGGGGCAGCUUUUCUUAUAAGAAUCUUGAACUACCUUGAAACGCCACAGUACUUGAGAAAAGCGCUGUUCCCAAGGCACAACAGCUUAAGAUUUGUGGGCAUGUUGCCGCCACUUGAUGCCCCGCAUCAUCUGCGCAAACAUGAGUGGGCUCCGUUUCGCGAAGGUGUCACACUUAAAGAAAAAUCUCCAAACUCGUUGGGAACACUAGUUGACGUGGGUUUAAAUAAGAAUGUCACUGUUGAUCAAGUAAUUGACCCUGGAACAAGAGUUACCGUGGCUAUGGGAACUGAACGCAAUCUGGGUUCAGAUUCACUACGCCAGGUUGUUUCAUCCUCCAAGCCGAGGGAAGAAGCAGGAACAUAUUGGGGUUAUAAAGUGAGAUAUGCUUCUAAUCUUAGUUCGGUAUUUAGGGAAUGCUCAUACAAGGGUGGCUAUGAUCAUUUGAUUGGAACCUCGGAGCGUGGUUCGAUUGUUAAAUCAUCUGAUCUUGUUAUACCUACCUUCAAGCAUCUAUUAAUUGCUUUUGGUGGGCUUGCUGGGUUGGAAGAGAGCAUUGAGGAGGACACUUAUUUGAAGGUAAAAGAUGCACAGGAGGUAUUUGAUUCAUAUUUGAACACAUGUCCGCACCAGGGUAGUCGAACAAUUCGGACUGAGGAAGCGAUUUUAAUCUCUCUCCAAUAUUUCCAAGAACCUAUCAGCCGAGCACUGGAAAGCAUUUAACAGUCUACUGAAGUCAACUAAUGGCAGAACGUUGAGAACUUCACAACUAUAUCGUGUGACUCAUGUUAGCGAAGAUGCAAGAUCUAUCGCAAUUCUUCAGAUUCGUAACUUGGCUGUUAACGAGAUGACAAGAUCAGGACAACAAAAUGAAUUAGUCUUCCAAACAUGGAGAUAUGAUUUAUCUUCUUUCUGAUCUUCUCCAUUUUUCUCUUAGCAAGUCGUUAGGUCUAGCAGAUGUUUACCAAAUAUUCUUGUGCCAAACUUAUAUUUGGAGAAUUGGGGAAAACUCUUUGAGUUGACUGAGAUUUGUAGUCUUAAAUCCAGAUUCUGAAGGCAGUGGUACUUCAAUGCUAUUACAUGAAUUCAUUAUACCAAUUUUGAAGAACUUAUUUUCAGAGUUUGAUGUAAUCCAAGUACUCUCUUGCAACUACACUGCAAGAAGAGUAUGAAUUUUGGUUACUCGUAUCGUAUUCCAGAUUUAAAUGACAAUUACUCCAAUUCAAUGCU